UUGCCACAUUAUUACAGAAAGGUCACAGAAUUCCUUUAUGGAGAUUCCUAUGCAUACCAAAACCUUCUCAUUUGUGUUCCUUCUCUUCUUCUCACCAUUAGUCUCCAAGGCAUGCCACCCAGUUGAUAAAGAAGCAUUACUUGAUUUCAAGCACAGAAUCAUCUCUGACCCUUCAGAACUAUUGAAUUCUUGGACAGUUUCUUCUAAUUGCUGCACUUCUUGGGAUGGUGUAGCUUGCGAUGUUUCAGGGAGAGUAGUCAAUGUCUCUCGCCCUGGUCUUGUUUCAGGCAAUGACUUCAUUGAAGACACAUAUAUGAGUGGAACUUUAUCCCUAUAUCUGGGAAAUUUGUCUAGUCUUCAACUUCUAGACCUGAGUAAUCUCAAGGACUUGAAGGGACCAAUACCACGAGAAUUUGGCAAGUUAUCACAGCUUACUUAUCUCUUUCUUGAUUCAAACAAGCUCACUGGUUCAAUACCCAUGACCUUUGGGUACCUUUCUCAGAUGAAGAAGCUGUAUCUCAGUGACAAUUUUAUAUCUGGUAGUGUCCCUGCAUCAGUUGCCAGGCAUUGGACAUCUGUAUCAGAACUUGGUUUAUCAGGGAAUUUACUGUCUGGGCCAAUUCCCUCUACAAUUGGGAAGUGGAUCAUGAUAACCAAGAUUGAUCUUCACGGUAACAACUUUUCUGGUAGAAUUCCUGCAGGAAUUGGCAACCUGAAGAAUCUGAAAUUUCUUGAUUUAUCUGAAAACAAAAUAGGUGGAAGCAUUCCACCAUCCAUCGGUGGACUUUCUGAACUAAUACUACUAUAUCUCAAUGAAAAUCAUCUAACAGGAAGAAUUCCUUCUUCCAUAUCUGGACUCACAUCUAUGCAAUUCUGCCGUUUAUCAGACAACAAGCUGACAGGUACUUUGCCACCAUCAAUAGGCCAGCUCGCAAGGAUCCAAAGACUAAUCCUUGAGAACAACAAGCUUACUGGGAAACUGCCUGCAACCAUUGGUCAUCUGACAACUCUUACUGAUAUAUUCUUCUCCAACAACCAUUUUACAGGCAAGAUCCCUUCAAGUUUUGGCAAUUUACUCAAUCUUCAAACACUGGAUUUAUCAAGAAACCAACUCUCUGGUCAACUUCCACCUCAGCUGGCUAAAUUACAGAGACUACAGACUUUGGAUUUGUCAUUUAAUCCUCUUGGACUAGUUGAAAUACCAAACUGGUUCCAGGAGUUAAAGCUUUUCCGCCUUAUUUUGGCAAAGACUGGAAUUGAAGGGCAGCUGCCACACUGGCUGGCUUCAUCAUCCUUAUCUGUUCUUGACUUGUCAAGCAACUCAUUAUCAGGGGAAUUACCUCAUUGGAUUGGUAAAAUGACUAGCCUUUCAUUUCUCAACUUAUCAAACAAUGGCUUUCGUUCAUCAAUUCCCGUUGAAUUCAAGAACCUCUCCCUUCUGAUGGAUCUUGACCUUCAUUCCAACAAGUUCACUGGCGGUCUGAAUGUGAUUUUCUCUAAAGAAGUCCAAUACCCACUAGGCCAUUUUAACUCCAUUGAUCUUUCCAACAAUAUGUUCUCUGGGGCAAUUGAAGAUAACAUUGGAGAGAGACCUGCAAUGGCUUCGAUUACUGCUCUGAUUUUAUCUCACAACAAGUUGGGAGGUUCAAUACCAAAUUCAAUUGGGAAAAUGAACGAAUUGCAGGUACUAAAGCUGGUAAACAAUGGCCUGUCUGGGAAGAUACCUGUGGAGCUUGGAGAUGCCAAGAAGUUGUCAACGAUUUUAAUUUCAAGGAACAAAUUGAUUGGUGCUAUACCUGAGAAGGUAAUAAAUCUGAACGAGCUAAAAGAGUUUGAUGUUUCCAGUAACAGACUGAGAGGAAGGAUCCCUACACACAAAGCCAUUAUUCCUGUAUCUGCAUUCAAGAAUAAUCCUGGUUUGUGUGGAGCUCCACUUCCUCCCUGUUAACACUUUCAGUAUUUUCUCAAUAUUGAUCUCUUGCUUUUACCUUUUUUUUUUUUUUUUUUUUUUCCUUAUUAUUAUUAUUUAAAAUACAGAUAUUUAAAGCCGAAUCAUAGCAAUCCCUCAUGUAGAAAGCCUUUUCCAUUCUCA